UACUUAGCUAGUGGCACAAUGUCAAACGUAGCAUCUCGGAUCAACUGGGUUUUUAUUACGAAUUAAUAAGUCUGUUCCGGAAGCUUUUCUCUGUCUGCGACCAGCAGCUUGACAUUUGUGGGAUACUACAGGAUACAGAAGAAGACAGCCAGGCUGACAGCAAGUAUCUUCCAGCGAGGCAAAGGAUUGUCUGUUGCUGCGGAUCAAUAUUGUUUGUGUUAUGAGAAGAGGACACUGGCUGUGAUUGAACACAAUGGCUGCAGCUCCUCCGUUCAUACGGUCAGAUUCAAGUCGCGGGGAGUUCUCCCCUCUGAAGCGCUUUGUUGUAGCCAAGAAGAAGAUAAGCGAUGUGUUUGAACAGCUACUGAACUAUGUGAAAGAGACGUCAGCUUUUGUAGAAGACACCUGUGGCAAUAAAGCUCUGCAGAACAUUGCCAGUCAGGAUCAAAAGUUGGAGAUCCAGUCGUAUGCUGACAAACUUGCUGUCAUUAAGGAGGUGCUGGCACGCAGACACAUGAAAGUGGCCUUUUUUGGCAGGACCAGUAAUGGUAAAAGCACAGUUGUCAACGCUAUGCUGAGGGACCGCGUGCUGCCCAGUGGGAUUGGCCACACCACUAACUGCUUCCUUAGUGUAGAGGGCACUGAUGAUGACAAGGCCUACCUCAAGACGGAGGGCUCUGAUGAGGAAAAGAGCAUCAAGACUGUAAACCAGCUGGCUCACGCACUCCACAUGGAUGAGAGUCUGGACGCCGGCUGUCUUGUCCGUGUGUUUUGGCCGAAGACCAGGUGUGCUCUGCUUCGAGACGACCUGGUGCUUGUAGACAGCCCGGGGACAGAUGUCACAUCACAACUGGACAGCUGGAUUGACAAGUUUUGCCUGGAUGCUGAUGUCUUUGUGCUGGUGGCCAACUCUGAAUCCACACUCAUGAACACGGAAAAGCACUUUUUCCACAAAGUGAACGAACGUCUGUCAAAGCCCAACAUCUUCAUUCUCAACAACCGCUGGGACGCCUCAGCUAACGAACCAGAGUACAUGGAGGAUGUGAGGAAGCAGCACACAGACCGUUGUGUGAAUUUCCUGGUGGAGGAGCUGAAGGUUGUGGACCGUGAUCAGGCACCCAACCGCAUUUUCUUUGUCUCCGCCAAAGAGGUGCUCAACUCCCGCAUGCAACGUGCACAGGGCAUGCCUGAAACAGGUGGAGCUCUGGCUGAGGGCUUCCAGGAGAGACUGAAGGAGUUCCAAUGCUUUGAGAGGAGGUUUGAGGAGUGUAUCUCGCAGUCAGCAGUGAAAACAAAGUUUGAGCAGCACACUAUCAGGGCCAAGCAGAUCACAGAAAAAGUCCAGAGCAUCAUGGACGCCAUCAACAUCGAGGCGGCGGAGAAGAGAGUGGCGGCACUGGAGGACAGAGAGUACCAGAUAGACCGGCUGGAGUUUGUCAAGAAUCAGCUCAACCUGCUGAUUGAUGAUAUCAAGAAAAAGAUCAAGGCCAUCAGUGAGGACGUGGAGUCUAAGGUGUCCAGCGCCAUGGGAGAGGAGAUCUGCCGUCUCAACAUAAUCGUCGAUGAGUUCCACGCUGACUUCCACCCGUCGCCACAUGUCCUCAAGAUCUACAAAUCUGAGCUGCUGGCUCACGUGGAGGAGGGGAUGGGCAAGAAUCUGGCCUUCCGCUGCUCCAACGCCAUCAACGCUUCUGUCCAGUCGUCUCAGAGUUACAUGAUGGAGAGCAUGCUCCCUCUGCUUCCCUCUACGGCCCAGAGCCAAGUCCACAUGCUGGUGCCCAGCAGGAAGUUUGACCUGAGUUACGACCUGAACUGCACCACACUUUGCAGUGACUUCCAGGAGAACAUUGAGUUUAACUUUUCGUUGGGCUGGACGGCGUUAGUCCACCGCUUCCUGGGAUCUGUCAACGCACAGAAAGCGCUCCGACUGGUGGACCAGAACUUCCAGGCCUCUCGGCCAGCGCUGGCCCUUACGCCCUCCUCAGGGCCCCCCUCCACGAUAGCCCCGCCCAACAACGAGACGGCCCUCAUGAGCCAAGAGGACUUGAUGGUAGCCAUGGCAACCAACGUGGCAUCCCUCACCUCCCGUACUUCAAUGAGCGUUAUCAUCGUUGGGGGAGUGGUGUGGAGAACAGUUGGCUGGAGGCUGAUCGGCCUGUCUGCCUCAUUGUACGGCUUGUUGUACCUGUACGAGAGACUCACCUGGACCACGAAGGCAAAGGAGCGCACUCUGAAGCGCCAGUUUGUGGACUACGCAAGUGAGAAGCUGCAGCUCAUCGUCAGCUUUACUAGCGCAAACUGUAGCCACCAGGUCCAACAGGAGAUGGCGGCAACCUUUGCCCGGCUCUGUCAGCAGGUGGACCAGACGCAAAAAGAGCUUGAGGCUGAAAUCCGCCAACUGACAGCCAAGAUAGAUCAGCUGGAGACCGUUCAGAAACACUCCAAGAGCCUGCGACAUAAAGCAACCGAACUGGAGAAACAGUUGGAGGAGUUCACAAACCAGUACCUGCAGCCUCAGCAGUGAGCUGCUCUUCUUCAUCGCGCCGCAGUUUGGAUCUUGUUGAGCCAAUCAUUCCUCAGCCAGGUGCCGCCUCAUGGCGCCUGGGCCUCAACCCCCUAAACUGCAUCAGUUUCUGUGGACAGUAGUGCAGGACAGAGAGAUCAAUUCAUCGAUUGGUCUAUCAUCUGAAAAGAAAUCUAAAGAUAUUUUGAUAAUCAGUGAAAGGUUAUCAGGCAACAAUACCAAACUUCUGCAGCUUCUCAAGCGUAAAGAUUCGGUCGUUUUGUGUAAUUGUAAAAAUGUAGUUAUUUUUGGGGUUUUUUGUCACACAAAAUAGUCAAUUUGUAGAAAGGUUUUGGUAACUCAAUGACCACUUGUCUUUUUCUUGACUUGUCAACUAAUCAAGAAAAAAAGAUUAGUUGAUAAUGAAAAUAAUCUGAAUUUUCACUGUUAGUGGACAGAGGAGAUUGAAGAUCCAGACACGACAGUAUUUUCCCCUCCUCCUCUCCUCCAGUGGUGCUUGAGAAACCGCAGUGAACAAACUGUAAAACAGAAACUGCGUGUAAAACAAAGAAACAUGGAUUUAAUAUGUGCAAAGACACUCUACAAGGUGGCGAUAGAAUCUCGGUCAUUGGGAAGGCUACCGGUCGGGUGCUACAUUUUGACACUAACGUGCUUCUAACUGUGAAUAUGCCUUUUUUGACUAACUUUUGUGGAUCAAAUGAAGUUUGAGUUUCUGUAAGAUUGUACAUGUACAGUAUCUGUUCGGGCACAUGAUCUGCUGUAUGUUAGCAACAAAAAAUAAAUAUAUUUAAUAAUAA